CAUAAAGAGAGUAAAGAAAGCAGAGAAAAGGAAAGGAGGGGAAAGGGAACAAGGAAAAGGAAAGUUCAUGGGGAGUUAUACUGAGAUAAAGGGCAGGAAAAGCAUUAGUAAGAACAGAGCAAAAAUAACAAAUGAGCAAAUGACAGAAUGAAGAAAUGAGGCAUCUCAAAGAUGAGAGGGAGAGAGAAAACUGUGGGAAUGAAGUAGAAGCAGAACAUGAAGGAAAGACUUAUGCAGAGAAAAAAGAUGAGUAUGAGAAGUGUUUGAAGAGGGAUGACAAAGGAAAAGAGAUGCAAAAGUUGAAGAACAAGUUGGAAAAAGUGAGAGAAAACAAGGAGUAGGAGCAACAAAGAAAAGAAAAAAUCUUAUAAAUUUAAGGAGACAAAAAAGGGGGGGAAAGUAGAUUGGAUGAAUGCUGAAAGAGGAGGAGAGAAAGUCAAAAAGAGGGAGUGGAGAAGAGCUGAGGGGAGAGUCAAGAGAAGAGGCUGGAAAAGAAAGUGUGUGAGAGAGAACAGAGAGAGAGAAUAAAUGAAGAGCUGAAGAAGAAAAAGAAGGAAAGAGGGGGACUUUUUCCGGUCUCGGUCUGAUGUCGUCCUGAAAGCCUCUGCAGAACUCAGCGCUAUCAGGAGCGAACAGACAGCUGCCAAACCCACUGACACACACACACACACACACACACACACACACACACACACACACACACACACAUGCACACACACUCUCAUAAACAGUGAACACACACAGAAGAACUCCCCAGUAGGGUUGGACAUGGCUGGUCUGCUGGAGCAGUUUGGUGUGGUGUGUUUGGAGUGACAGUUGGGAAUAACCGGCCCCAGAUCCAGUCAGGAUGUCGGUGAAGCUUAGGUUCGACUCUCCCUCUGAUGGAGGUUUGAUCCACAGAAGCCGUUCCUUCACUGGGUUCAGCUCUCUGACAAGUCGCACACGAUCUUCCUCUGUUCGUAACUCACUUCGCUCCAAGGCCAUGUUGGGAAACAAAAUUUCCAGGACGCACCUGUCUCCCAGCAGAGGGGGUGGGGUUAUGUGGUCUCUGCAGCCAGAACAGGUGGACCAGGUCUUCCAAGCACUACGAACAGGACUCAAAGAUUAUCUGGAGGGUCACCAGUCAGAGAUGGACUUCCUGUCUUCACGGCAGAGAGAAACCAAGAGGAACUCCAGGCUGGCCUUUCUCUAUGAUCUGGAGAAGGAGAUCAGAGCCCUGGAAAGAUACAUUCGGAGAUUAGAAUUUCAGCUGAGCAAGGUGGAGGAGCUGUAUGAGACCUACUGUGUCCAGUGGAGGCUGUGUCAGGGAGCGGUGAACAUGAAGAGAGCCUUCUCCCUCUCCCCGUCCACCAGGGCGUCCAGAGACAGCCUACUGCAGCUCAACCACAACCACCGACACAGCCUGCAGGACAUGGCCGUUAUGGAAGGAGAGCUGGAAAUCCUCCUUGGAGAGCUACACAUCAAAAUGAAAGGACUGAUCGGCUUCGCUCGUCUCUGCCCAGGAGACCAGUAUGAGGUGGUGGUGCGUUUGGGCCGCCAGCGUUGGAGGAUCAGAGGGAAGAUUGAAUCAGAUGACACACAGUCCUGGGAUGUAGAGGACAUGGUCUUCCUCCCCCAUAUACACCACAACUUUGAGAUCAAGGUAACGGAGGCAAAGGGCUUGGGCUGGCUGCUGGUUGGUAUGGUAACAUGUGCAAGUGCAGACUUCUUUGUAGCAAGGCCUCAGCUGAUGUUGGUGGACAUCACUGAACUGGGAACCAUCAAACUGCAACUCGAAGUCACCUGGAAUCCGUUUGACAGCACUGAGAAGAUGAAGCCCCUGUCCGUCAGCAAACAGUCGGUGUCGAGCAGAAAGGGUUCAGUCUACAGCUGGACAGCCACCAGCAGCCCCUCCUUCACUGAAAAAUACUUUAUAUCCAUGGUGCAUGAGCUGCAGGAUCGAGAGGGCUCCCUCCCAUCACUAGUGUCUAAGAGUCGUCCCAACAGAGGAGGUGUAUCUCUCCUCAGCUACCUGUCUGACCCUUCACACACCUCCGUCAGCCAGCAGAGCAUCAAUACUCCCAUCCUCACACGGAUGCAUAGCUAUCCCUCCAGUCCCAGUCCAGGCACCAGUGUGGGAGGAAGCCAAACUCAGCUGUCCUUGGAGGAGGAGGACGAGUCAUUGAAGGUCAGCUCUGAGACAGAGAGGAAGAAGAUGAUGGAUGAGAAGGAUGAAGAAGAGGAGGAGUGGGGAGGGAUGUUGGUGACACCGGCAGGGAGUAAGACAGGCUCCUUGUUGCUGUUAGAGAGAUCCAGUACCCCAGACAUCCUGAGGAAGAACACAACUGGAGAUUCAGAUCCAGAGAUGCACAGUCUGGUCCUGGAAGAGGACAACUCUGUCACUGUACAGGACACCUCAGCCUGUCAGUCAGAUUCCCCCACUGCCCUGCCUCCUUCUCCGUCUCCACCGAUAGCUCCGUCCUUGUCCGUCCCCACUGCUCCACCCCUGGGGACACUCGCAGUGAGUGGAGCCCAACGCAGGGCUCUGGCCCUCAGACUGGGAGCUCUGGUAGCAGAGCUGGAGAAAACAUUACAGAGCCAGAGCUACUCUGAGAAGGAGCUGAGAGGCCUGGAGCACCAGGUCCACCACCUGUCCACCAUCCUGAAGAAUGACCUCUCCCUUAUGAGAAGUUCGCCAUCAGAGGAGACUCUGGCUGUCGAGGAAGUCCUGGGAAGCUUCGACUUUUUAUCACAUGACCUCAAUGUGGAUGAUGACGCCUCCUGUUUGGGUAGCCUGAGACUUAAAGACAGCGGCAUCAGUUCAUUUCAGCAGAGUACACUGAGGAGUCUCGGUCUGGUCUCCCAGGAGAGCCAAUCAGCUUCUGAGGAAGAGCUGACAAUUUCCCCUCUGACUUCUGGGAACUGGGGUCUUGACCAGGCUCUGGAGACUCACCUGGACAUCUGUUGUAUCCUGCUACAGGUGCUGGGAACGACAGACUUUAGUCCAUCUCGGCGUGAUCUUCUGGAGGAAAUUAUUCUACAAUCUGAAGUCCUGGAAAGAGUCAGCUGUCUGCUGCUGGAGAAGAACGACAACAUCUCUGUUAAUGACAUCCUCCCUAAGACACAGAGAACAAGGGACCUGCUGCUGUUCUGGCAGGAAUGCGUGAAUGACAGUGGCGCUCCUUUCUGUUGCCAUGCCGACAGCUUUUCCAGGACGCUAAAGAAGCGCUAUACACAUAAAGUGAAAGCCAAGGAGCCCGGCCAAUCAGAAAAAGUGUUUUCACAGCUCCUGCAGCAGGUCCAGGCGUCCUGUCGGAUGGUGCCCAGCCCUCGGCUACUGUGCAGUCCAGAGAGGGUCACUCUGUUCCAGCUGUCGGUGUAUCUGAAACGGUGGGGCAUCCAGGAUGUGGGUGAACACAUCUCACAGCUCUCCAAAGAGGAGUACAUCCUAUCAUCUCUAAAAACCCCCAAACGCAGGAGGGCUUUGAAUAAGCUGAGGCCGCGGCACAUCACAGAGCUCCUCCCACUGGGCUGCACGCUGCAGACUCUGGCCGCUCUGCAGAUCGACUCCCACCACAAAGUCUGCAAAGCUGCCACCAACUGCCUGUGCAGAGCUGCAGGCUGCAAGACCUUCAGGAGCAAGGCGAUAGUUUACUACACAGAGAGUCUGAAAAGCACUGACGUUCACAUCCAGCAGGGCUCCUGUCUGGCUCUCAAAUGCCUAAGGGCAACAGAGAGCGUGGACCACAUCGCAGAUUUGUGGAGAUCUGCAGAUGACGAUCUUCGCAGCGCAGCCAGAGAAACUGUUCUCUCAUUUGGUAAAAAAGGAUACCUGGCCUUCCAGAAGAUGGACCAAAUAGACAGUGAGUUGCAGGAGGAAGCCUACCGGAACCUAGAGACUGAGAUUACCAUUUUAUAGGAAUCAAAUGUGGACUUUUGACAGGGAUGGGGUCUUUACAGCAUGUUUCAAUGAUCCUUCGGGUGAGAGACUCCAUUUAAACUGAGGAAGUGUGUGAGUUUAUAACCCUGAACAUGCACUGAAGAGGACCCGUCUGAUGAUCAGAUGGCUCAGUUUGGACUUUUAGAUGAAGAAACCUGAACAAAUGAGACCAAAGGGAGGAGUGAAGCUUUCUGUGGAUGGAGCACUGACUCAGCGAAUGGGAACUUACAAAGUGCAAAUAUGUACGGUCUGUCUACAGGCUGUUACACCAUGCAGCGUCAUCGAGAGGAAUUUUGAAGCUUUAAAGUCUGGCAUUCCCGGUGCUGCAACUAAAUACAAGAAGGAGGUCAGUUAUGCAUAUUUAAGACAAAUGUGCCAUUUCAAAGAAUUUCAUGUGAAAAGCUAAGGAAUAUAUUAACCCCGAAGGACAUUAUACUAUCAAAAAUCAGAAAGAAAUGGGACAGUAUGGAAAAUGCACCUGAGAACAGAAGGGAAUCAACUUGUAUGUCAUUGUAGACAGAGUGAAGACACGGUGGCAACACAAGAAAUGUUAUAACAAGUAUUCACCCUCAAUGAGCCUGUUUACAUAAUUGUAAUAAUCAGAUCUAAUGUGUUUACAUGCACUUAAGAAAUGUGAUAAUCCGAAACCCUGGUUUGGACGCUCCGGUCUAUUUUUGGAAUUCUUUCAGUUUGUACACACAUAGUGAUGGUAGACUCAAACUUCCUGUUGUUGUCUUACGUAACUUCUGUUCUCUACAAUUUGAAUUGUAGACAUAAAAGAUCUAAAUAAAUCACAUUAACCUGUAUACAUGGUCACUGACUAAUCUGACAACUAAAGAAAUCAGAUAAUGAUCGCAGUGUUGUUGUGCAUGUAAACAGGCUCAGGGAUGAAGAGAAGUGCCAAAGAAUCUGGAUGUCUGUGUGUAAAUAUGUGCUGUUUAAUCUGAAAGCAAAAAUGUGACAAAUGAUUGAAAUCAUUGAAAUGACUGGAAAUGGAAUCAUGGGAGUGUUACAUUCUGUAGGUUGUAAAGAAGAUGGACAAGACGACAGCAUUAAAGACCUGUACAUGUGAGAUGAGGUUACUUUCAACAGAUUUGUGUCUGUACACAAAAAAAAAUCACACACGCAUUAAAAUGUGUGCAUGUUAAUCUAUAUUUUAACAUAAACACAAAUUUUGUAAACUUUCAUCCAAGUCAAAUCAUGCAUAGAUUAUAUAUCUAUUUUCUCUGUGAGAAUACAACUCAUAAAGGUACAGCUUUACCACAUUACAAAUACAGAUUAGACCAGAAAGUUCAGCACCUCUGACUGUGACUGACUUCCAGCUGCUGUGAUCGCUUACAUACGUAUGUGCCACACCAGUGGAGAAAUGAAUGUGCAGGAGUCGGCUCAUGAAAACCCAGUGCUUGGUGGCAGUUGGAUCACAGACUUAGGCUACGUUCACACUGCAGGUAAAUGUGGCCCAAAUUCGAUUUUUUGCCCAUAUGUGACCUGUAUCUGAUCUGUUACAGUUUGAACAGCACAAAUCCGAUUUUAAAAA